UGCGGCUUUCACUUCACAUCGUAUAAAUCGUCCCAAUUUGUAAUCGUCUGAAAUAUUUUAAUACCAAGAUUUUACCGGUAUUUAUGAUGCCGAUUUCCUCAGAAUGGGAACCGAUUUAGGUCUAAGAAUCCAUCCCAUCUUCAGACCACUUAUUCGAUAUGGCCUUCUGAUAGCGCUAUCCAGUUGCUGCUAUUGGCCCACCCGAACGGGUACGUUCGUGUUCGACGAUACGGUAGCGAUAGUGAAAAACCAAGACGUAACAAACCACAAAACCGCCCUGCGGGAUCUGUUCCAGCAUGAUUUUUGGGGCACCAACCUGACCGAUCCGACCAGUCAUAAAUCUUAUCGGCCGCUAACAAUCCUGAGCUUCCAGAAGGAAAUACAACUGUUCGGAAUGGAUGCAACUCUCAUGAAAACGACCAACUGGAUGCUGCACACGGGCGUCGGUUUGAUGUUGCCUAAAUUUUUCAAAACCAUCAACUGGACCCGUCAUCGGAAUUCACUCAACUUCGAGUACUGGGCGGCCGUACUGUUCGUAGUGCAUCCCAUUCACACGGAAGCCGUUGCUGGUAUUGUUGGCCGUGCCGAGUUGCUCGCGACGUUUUGGUUCGUUAUCGGGGUGACGAUUUACAGCAGCCUGUUCGGAGCCUCUCAAAGUCACGAUUUGCUUUGGAAACAUGCUUCCGUUUUUUCGUCGGUAUUUCUAUGCACGACCAUAUCAAUUCUAUGCAAAGAAACAGGAAUCACUACCCUGGCUGUUUGUGCAGCGUUGGACAUUUUGAAUCACAUAAACGAGCACAAUCUCGUUAAAUCAUUCCUCAGCAAUAGACUUUUACAAGUUCGCAUCAUGACAUUGGCCGCAAUGACCUGCAUCCUCAUCUACGGUCGACUGUGGAUUCAGGACUUUGGACGGCCUCAAUUUCGAGACAAAGACAAUCCCAUAGCUAUCAGCGAAGGAUUGACCAAAGUUUUGUCCCAAAGCUAUCUGUAUUGUCUGAAUCUAUGGCUUCUGCUGUGCCCCGAUUGGCUAAGCUUCGACUGGGCGCUGGAUUCGGUUCCCUUAGUUAGAACACUCUUCGACUAUAGAGUGCCGUUUGUGAUAAUGUUUUACGUGUUUAUGAUAAGUCUAGUUCUACGUACGAAAAUUCAUAAACCCGUUCUAAUGGGCGUAGCUCUGAUGAUAAUUCCCUUCCUGCCCGCCUGCGGCAUAGUUCGGGUGGGUUUUGUGAUAGCCGAGCGCGUUUUGUACAUUCCUUCCUUAGGUUACUGCUAUCUGAUAGCGUACGGAUUUGAACGGCUUUCCGAGAAAGUCGACACCCGAUGGAUCCGCAUUCUGUUACGAUCGGGAUUUUUCCUGAUCUGCUUGCUGUUUGUUGCUCGCACCGUGCAACGUUCGGAAUCCUGGUCGACGGAACAUCGUCUGUUCCGGUCGGCUUUGCGCGUCGUCCCGAAAAACGCCAAAGUUCACUACAAUAUAGCGCGCCUAGCGACCGACGAGGGCGACAAACCGACGGCCUUCGUUUUCUACAAGCGCGCCAUCGAACUGUACCCGGAGUACGAAGCGGCUCACAUGAAUCUAGGCAAUUUGUACCGCGAUGAACAGAACUAUGGAAUGGCUUUGCGGCAUCUGAGCAAAGCGAUCGAAUUUCACCAGGAAUUUCAUACUGCCUGGAUGAAUCUUGGCAUCGUACAUGCGGCGAUGAAAAAUUACGACGAAGCACUGUUCUGUUAUCAGCGAGCGAUGCGCAAAAAAAAGCACUAUCCCAAUUGUAUGUUCAACUUGGGGAAUUUGUACAACGACAUGGGAAAUCAGAGCCAGGCGUUGGCAGCCUGGAAUGAAACCGUACAGCAGGACCCGCAGCACAUCAAGGCGUGGAACAACAUGGUCAACGUGUACGACGGUGCCAAUCUGCAGAAGCAAGUCCUGGCCGUAACUGAUCGUGCUUUGAGCCAUCUUCCCGGUAAUCCCACCUUACUAGCGGCUCAAGCAACUGCCCUUGCUAAAAUGGGUCGCUAUCCACAGGCCGAACGCAUCUACAGUGAUCUUAUACUGUCUUACCCGAGGGAGGAAAAGUACCACCAGAAUAUGGGCGUCCUGUAUCAUCGCUGGGGAAAGCUGAAACAGGCCGAACGACUCUACCGAGAGGCACUAAAACUAAACCCGGGCUCGGAAAUGGCUAGAACAAAUCUCGCUAAACUGAUGGCCUCGAGACAUGGCCGCUUUUAAUCGGGUUUUAACUCUUUUUACUACUUUUUAAAACAAUAAAAUCUUUUUACUCGAACCGCCAGGAUUUCUUUAAGUCGUUCUACUCGAAACCAACUAUUUAUUUUAAAAAAAUCCCUC